UUCUACCUUCAAAUAAGCCACAAUGAGCAGGCAGGCACCAACGGUGAGAUCUGUCCUGGGACGAAGAGGCUUCAGCUCAGCCUCGGAGAUCUGCGGCCGCAGCUACGCGGCGUCGGCCAGCCAGCCGGUGCGCUGCGGCGCCUACAGCAGCAGGAGCGUCUGCAACCUGGGCGGCAGCAGGAGGAUCUCCUAUGUCAACGGGGGCUGCGGCACCGCCUGCUUUGGGGAGAUGGGCUUCGGCGGCAUGGGCUACGGGAACGCUGCAGGAGGCAGGGUUGGCCUGUGCGGCCCCCGCGGAUACAGCAUCGUGCGGGGGUACCCCGAGCGCAAGGCCGACGGCAUCCAGGGCAUCUGCAUCGACGAGCGGCUGCUGAAGCCCCUCUGCGUCGGGGUGGACCCGCUGGAACACGAGAUACGCUGCCAGGAGAAGGAGCAGAUCAAGACCCUCAACACGCAGUUUGCCUGUUUCAUCGACAAGGUUCGAUUCCUGGAACAGCAGAACAAAGUGCUGGAGACCAAGUGGGGCCUCCUGCAGCAAUACGUGCUGCCAAAAAAAGGGAAAAACCUGGAACUGUACUUCGAGAAUUACAUCUGUGACCUGCGAAAGCGCCUGGACUGUUUGCUGUGUGAAAAGCAGAAAUUGGGCAGUGAAGAAUGUGCCACAAGCCAGCUGGUGGAGGAGUUCAAGUGCAAGUAUGAAGAGGAAAUCAACAGGCGCACAACUGUGGAGAAUGAAUUUGUGGCACUCAAAAAGGAUGCAGAUUGCAUCUUCUUAAACAAGGAAGAGCUGGAGGUGAAGGUGGAUCUGUUAAGGAGGCAGCUGGAGCUGCUGAAAUGUGUGUUUGAGGAGGAAAGGGCCCAGGUCGAUCGCCAGCUCUGCGACACCUCGGUCAUCGUCAAGAUGGACAACAACCGAGACCUGGACAUGGAAAGCAUCAUCAAGAACGUCGAGUGCUGGUACCAGGAGAUUGCCCAGAAGAGCAAAGAAGAAGUUGAUGCUUUCUACCAGAACAGGUUUCAGGAGCUGCAGGAUAAGAGAGGGAAAUUCUGCCAUGACCUGCAGAGCAACAAGUGUGAGAUUUCAGAGCUGACACGGAUGAUCCAGAAGCUGCAGUGUGAGCUGGAGAGCGUCAAGAAGCAGGUCUCCUGCCUGCAAACUUCCAUUUGUGAUGUUGAGCAGCGUGGGGAUUGUGCCCUCAAAGAUGCUCGAGAAAAGCACGUUGAGCUGCAGAAUGCUCUACAGAAGGCCAAGGACGAGCUGGCCUGCAUGCUGCGGGACUAUCAGGAGCUGCUCAAUGUCAAGCUGGCCCUGGACAUCGAGAUUGCCACCUACAAGACUCUGCUGGAGGGUGAAGAGAGCAGGAUAUGUGUGGGGAACCCUGUGAGCGUGUCUGUGGUCAGCAGUGGCUACAACAUCCCUGAUGACUGCGGGAUGAUGGCCAACGGGGCCGUGUGUGGCUACGGCUCCCUGGGCAGGCGGGCCGGGCGCCACAGCUCCCAGACCGGUGGGUUCAGCUCCCGCAGCGCCGGCAUCCACCCCAAGAGAGUCCUCAGCUCCGUGGCCAAGCAGUGCAUGCCAGAGGUGUUCUGCCAGGCUGGAGGGGUCAGCUGCAAAGCCGGCGGGUUCAGCUCCCGCAGCGGAGGGUACCCAGCCCGCACCGUGGUCAGCGCUGGCAGCGCGGGCAUGAAUGCCAGGAUGGGGCCCUGCCAGGCUGGACAAGUGCUCAGCUUUGGGAACCAGGGCUGCGUCAUCCGGCAGCUGGCGGGGCCCCCCGUCGUUGUGUCCAGCAGCACUGAGGUCAUGGGGUGCAACAACGGCGUGGUGGGGAAUUUUGGGGUCGUCAGAGACCCCUGUGUGGUCCCAUAG